GGGGGGGGGGGGGGCAAACAGAAAGGGAGAGAGAAUAUACCAAGAUACAGUGAAGAAGGUAAAACAUUCAGCAAUCAUUAAAAAGUAUAGCUGGAUAAGAUGCCUCAUUCCAUUAACAAUGAUAUUGAUUAUCACAUUUGCAUAAUAUGUAUUUAAAAAAUGUACUACCAGACCAUCAACAGGAAUAUUUAUGUAAAUCGGAAGGAAGAUAAUAAUAUUAAAGUUAAAGAUACUGGGAUCAACAAAUUAAAAAAAGAAAUCUACUUUGCAUUAGGCAAUUGUACCCAGCUCGAGUGGAACUUCACUUCAAUUUUUUUUAAGAGCAAAUAUAAAGAAACAUGAAAGUGAAAGUUUGACCAAAAUGCACCAAAGCUGCUGCAGCUCAGCAAGCAGAAACACAGAUUUUAUAUAAAGAAAGUAAUGUUUUCUUUUGUGAUGUCAUAUUUUGUGCAAGCAUCUCCCCCCAUUUGUCAUGAUAUUAAUUCCCUAUGAUGCAAUCUUAUUUAAGUAAAUGAAACUGAUUUUACCAGUCAGUGUUUUCAAUUAAUAAUAAGUAAUAAUUGAUAUCAGUCAUCUUAUCUCAUGAACCUGAAAAGGGGAGAAUUUAGAACAUUACAUAACACAACAUGGUGCAGCUGCUUGUAUGUUUCAUUAGUCCUUGGUACAUCUGACUGUCAAAAAGUAAGCUCUUUAAAAAAAUCAUAUCAUGUAUCCCCUUUAAAAUGGAAAACAAAGCUUUAAUACAUUUUUACCUGGAGAAUGACACUAUUUUAAUCUCGGUAAUAACAUGAUAUAAUUUUGAUAUGAUAAAAGAAAUGUCUUCAUAUUACACGUUGUACAAAAAAUAUAAAGAUAUCUGUUGAGGGGGGGUAUAUGUUGACUAUUUUAAUCAAGGGAGUCGUGGGUAGGGCACGAUCCUUCAAUUGAAUUAAUACUCUCUUUUCUGCAUCAUUAUUCUGAUCAUUCUUUCAUUAAUUAUUUGUAGAGAAAAUAUAUUUUAAAUGCCAUUUUAGAUUUGACUAAUACUGAAAGAAAUUCCCAUGAUCAGCAUCUCCCAUCUUCCCAAGACGGAAAACUGUACGUCACAGAGUUGAGAGAUGGCGCUAUACCAAAAUUGAAAGCCGAGUCAGAAGUUAUUCUUUGUCUGCUAAUUUUUUCGGUUGACGUGUAAAAGUAAAACGUCACCUGUGGAAAGCUUUGUCAUCAAUUUCUGAGUCAUGAAUGAGGUAGCAGAGAAGCUUUGUUGGAAUAUGCAAAUGAUAUGAUUGUCAGGUGACAUGCCUUCUCAGAACCGCAGCCAACCACGGCAGUCCUCCGGCACGAUGAGAAUGUUUUCAAGGACACGCAUCUGCUUCUUGCUCGUCUGCUGUUGUCUUGCCAUUAUCUUGUGGCUGACUCUAGAGCAAGGUAAGAACUCAAUCGGGGAGGACCUGAAUGCAAGAUGGCUCCAUGCUAAAAUCAUUCCAGAUGCUGAUAUUGAUGUUGAACAUCAUGCUAAUAAAGUGCUAGUGAUGCAGGAUGGGGAAGGUAGCGCAAAGGGAAAGCAUUACCCUGGAAAUGGAAAAGGAAAGAAAACAGAAGACUCCAAGCAGAAUAAAUUGAAAAAGAAGAAGAAGAAAGAGAAAGCACACUAUGAGGAGAUAGAGGUAGUUGAUCUGGGAAUGGAAGCGAAAGAAGCGGAGCAGUGGAUUCAGGAGAAGAUAAAGUUUGGAUAUUGUAAUCCACCAGGAAGAGAGAUACAAGGAGAAGAAGGUAAAUUUAAGUCAGGGUUCGACCUGAAAGCUGUUUACAUGGUAGCUCGUCAUGGCGACAGGACACCAAUGUAUGAAUUCGCAGACCUUCCCAACAGCAACUGGCAUCCGCAGUGGAACUGUGAUCUUAAACAAGCCAUCAAGAAGACCACCUCGGACACCCUCAAGAGGUUUGUUGAUCAAAUGCAGGAUGAGAUCAUCAAAGGUGAAAUGACGGGUGCUUUGGGUACCUUCAAGAGUAUGCCAAUAAGUACCAACGGCAUAUGCAGGAAUUCACAGCUGACACCAAUUGGAUGGCUGCAACACUUGGAGCUUGGAAAGUUCUUCAGGAACAUCUACGGAAGGACUUUGGUCAAGAACCCGGAGUUGCUGCGGAACGUCAGUGUCUUUCAGAGCACCAUGAAUCUGCGGACGCAGCGGAGCGCUUUCGCUUUUAUGUAUAGUUUUCUUGAGAAAGCCACGCUGAACGAUACAAUACGGAUUAAGCGGUUACCCAACGUCAACUUCUGUCCUUUGGAUAUGUGCGCCUGCCCAGCUUUAGACCACUUGAUAAAGGCCAAAGAAACAGAGCAUACCAAGAUGAUGAAAGGCAACCUCAAGUUCAUGAACGUGAUGAGAAGCGUAGCGAACACUCUGUAUGGGACAACGCAAACAUCAAAGUUGCCUGGGAUCAACCAGGUGGCGGAAAUCCUUGGAACUUUAGUCUGUCAUAAUAUGCCAUACCCAUAUGGAACAUCGGGUGCCGUGACCCCUAUACAGCAUGCCGUCUAUCACAAGCUCCUCGAGGAAACAUGGGUUUCACAAUCUCGUGCCAAGGACGGCACGUACGAGAAAGUCGGACGAAUGUUCAUCCAACCGUUACUCACCGAUAUGGUACGCACCAUGUACAAGGUCACCCAAGGUAGAAACGCACCUCGCUUCGUCUUCAACUCUGGUCACGACAUCACAAUAAGACCAAUCGUUGAUGGGCUCAAGCUCUCUGGUCCUGGAUGGCCAAACUACGCAUCCCGGGUGGUCUUUGAGCUGUGGGGUAAGACAGGGUCAAAGGAACACUUCCUGCGUGUCCUUGCAUACGGGAAGGACCAAACGAACAAAGCUUUGUUCUGUAAAGGGAAGAUGACAGACGACGGACUGUGUCCUUUCUCAGCUCUACUGUCCUUUGUCGAGAGAGAGAACAUGGAGUAUUUUCAUUCGGAAUCUUAUAGAGAAGCAUGUGCUAGAACUUUCUGACCAAACUAGCUGUGAAACAUAUACUAGCAAAGAUUGACAAAAUAUUGGUCUUACUCUAUUUCUGUCUAUACUCAUUUCAAGAUUGUUGUAUUUCCUGGCCAAAGUAUUUAUGACUUCAACUUGAUAAACUUGACAAUCUUUCGGAGUAUUUCUCUUCAAAAUCUUAUCCAGAAUCAUGUACUGGAACUGUGCGACCAAACUUCUUUCAAGAUUAAUAGAAUUUCCCAACCAAAGCUUUUAUGAGUAUGAGUCAAAUUGGACAAAGCAUGACAGUCUUUUUAUAGUAAUGUAAUAUAUCAUCAAGAAGAUUGUACAUUUCUUGAAAUCAACAUGACAAAACUUUGCAAUCUGUUCUUUGGUCGCUCUUUUGGAAUUUGUUUUUCUCAUUUCCAGAAAAAUCUAUGAAAUGAAAUUUGUGACCAACCUACUGAUGAAAUAACUUGAUAAUCUUUCGGUGGUGACAUAUAUUUUUUUAAAGACUUAUGUCAAGACCCCUGUCUGCUUUAUACUUACUGAUGAAACUUCUCUAAUGAGACCAACUCAUAAAAAUAGUAAAUGGUUGUUAAAUUCAAAAGCUGGAAAUACUCAUUUGGAGGGAGUUUGACCAAUUAUCAGUUUGCUUCUUUGGCUGCCGUUUUGGCUGCAGAAAUGACUAUUAAAAGCAAGUCCUGACAGACAUUCCUGCUGUUGAAUUUAACAACGAUGUAUUGCAAACUUUGAGUGGAUGAGUGAGAAAACUUUACAUUGGUUCAUUCUUGCCAAAAGUGUGAAAACUUCAUUUUCAAUUGUGUUUGUGAAAUAUUUCUGUUAUGACCCAUGUUAAGAUGCUUGAGGUGGAAGUACUAGAAGUUUAGUGAUCAAAGUAUUUAUGAAACAAACUUCAUAUUCUUGACAUUCUGAAGGUCUUGAAUAAUAUUCAUUCAGACUUUUGCUUUAUGUGUUUUAUAACUUGUUAUCAAACUACCAAAUAGAACAUGUUAGUAUAUUUCUGUUCAGACUGGUUCCAAGAAGCAAUAUCACAGUGCUUUUAUGUACUGGUGAAUCUUGUACCAAACUAGCAAUAAAACUUGGGGGCAUGACAAAUGAAAAAAUUGCUUUCUGGUUUGCAAUUGUCCCAGAUCGGAAUCUAGUUUUCUGAUGAAUGAAUGCAGGGAAUUAUCAAACAUUUCAAACAAGUUUCAGAAAUUAUGGAAUUUUUAUGGUCCCAAGAACUGAAUUUCUUUUCUGUACUGGCAGAGAUGUGGUUCAGUGGAUAAGUAUCCAGCCUCUAAAUCACUGGGUUCCUAGUUCAAAUCUUUGCUGCAGCGUUAACAUCCUUUGGCAAGACAUUAAUCUACAUUUGAGAUAAACCUGCACCUGUCAGGAAUUAAUUCCUUGAAAUUCUUGCCAAAACAGGAGAUCUUGACUUCUCUUGUAGAACUAGGUUGUUUCAACAAUAUAUAUGAACUUGCCUAUCAAGUGUGAUUUACAUGUACCAUUUGUAACAAGUGUUUUUGUGUGUAAACAAAAAUGAAAUAAACAUUAACCAAAAAACAAAACUACAGCAAAGAAACAAAUACGCACUUGUAAGACUAAAAAAUUAGCUGGAAUUUAAAGUUGACCAUCAUUCGGUGAUGUAUUUACAGGUCUAUGUGCUGUGUAGAUCUGCUUUUAUUUUUUUUAUGAUCUUUGAUUCUGUAAUUGGGCAUUAUUUGAAAUAGCAUUAAGGGCCUGCCCAAAGAAUUGUUUAAAAGAAGUGAUAUAUUAGAUAUAGCAUUGUGGAUUUAAUUCUGUAUAUUUCUCCAAACUGAAUAUACUGUAGAUAAAAUACAUAGAAUGCACAGAUUUGAAUACAUAAUUCGUUUAGGUAAAAUUUCAUUAGAAAUGAGUUUCAAUAUUUGAGGGUAUUAUUUAAUUUGUUGAAUGCUAUCGAAAUUGUACCAGAUUGAUUAUUGACUUGGUCACAUUUUAAAGGGAAUAUACAAUUGAGGGUUUUAGUGAAUAUACACUGUAAGUCCACAUAUCUUUUUUAAUACAAAAAUACUAUUUGGCCCCUUUGAAUGUUAAUCUUCUUUCUCUUGAAACAUUUAGAAAAAUUACUUACUUUUAUUUACAUGUAGGCAAGGAUGUUGAUGACAAUAAAAUUGCUUUGCAGUGAACUUCAGUUUGAUUAUUUUUUCAAGACGUAAAACAGAGUCAUCGAGUCUGAUAGUGGACUUUAAAAAAAUAGUACAUGUAUGUUGGAGGAGACUGCAUGCAGAUAUUUUGUAUUGGAUAACACGAUUCAUCCACAUUUUUCUUCUCUCAACCCAGGAGAGGUGAAUGGAUACCCAGCAGGGAUAAUUCCUUGAAUGAACGAAGUGCUGGAAACUCCAGCUGGCAGCACAUAUGGGGUUUUAUAUAUAGCGAGUCAGUGAAUAGGCAAGAAAAUAGAUAUUGUUACAUACAUGAUCAUAUAAAUUCAAACUUUUUCAGGAGUCUGCUCCUUUUGAAUGUAUAAUAGAUAUACAGUGCCUACUAUGCUGUGAAUACUCAUCACAUUGUAUUACAAAAUAUUACUAGAAUUAAUAGAAUUACAGUUAAUGAGAGAAAAAAUUGAAUUAUUUCUCUCUUUAUGGCUGUCAAAAGAUCAUCAAAGUCUUUUUGAUAUGUAUGUUGUCUGUACUAGUAGUCUAUCUUUAUCAAUAAGCACCAAACAAUCCUGUAGUAGUAGCAUUGUAAAGUUUAGAUUAUAUACACCAACCUAUUCAGUGUUCAUUAUAGUCUUAUAUGUAAGUAGCAAAAUUAAGAAAAGAGAAUCUUAACAGAGUUUUGUAUGAAUGUUUUUGAAAGUUUUUACCUUAUUUGAUUUUAUAUCCCUUAUAACACAAUUUCUUGGUUUAAAAAAUUGUCAUUCUUUUUAUUAGAACAGCUCAAAUAUAUAAGUGCAAUGUACAUUAGAAUUAUCAAUGUAUUUAGGCUGUAGAUAAGAGCUUGCCGUUACAUGAAAUCAUUGUCCAAUCUGACAGUUGAACAAAAAUACUUUUAGAAGUAUCAAUAACUAAAAUGUUUUCAAUAAUUUGUAGCACCUUUGUAUUAUCGUAUAGCAAUAUGGGUAUGCAUUUCAUAUUUUUCUUGUGAAGAUUUGAAUAACUUGAUCUUUCAAGAGCUUUGAGUAAAAUUUCAGAAUGCAUAUUUAAUUGCAUUAUUUCAUUAAAUUUGGGGGAUUGCGUUUUUGAAUUGUAUUGUGAGAAUCUAGGGAACAUGCAUAGGCGCAUUGCAUCCAAAAUGUAUUUGCUUUUAAAAAUAUAUAUUUGAAAUUGCAUGGUCAUUCUCGAAAGUAAAUCACAAUUUAUGAAAAUCAUGACUGCUACCUUUAAAUCUCAUUUGUUAAACUGAAGUGAUUUGAAUGAAAUUUCACUUGGCAUGAGUAUACAUGCAGUGCCAUGUCCAUUGAUCAAUGAGAUUACAUGUUUAAUUACAUUCACCUUGGCUCCUAAUAAUGACUAUUAGGUCAUAUAUACAUAGAACUUUGGGAAAAACACCUUUUGUAUACUGUAUUGGAAUUAUGAUUUGAUUACAUUUUGUGGUUGAUACUGUAUAUGGCAGCAUUAUAUUUGUCAGUAGAUAAACUUAUGUAUGGUUAUUUUCUUCCGGUAAUGUUUCAUUCAUUUUGUGAAGUAUUUUAAUGUUUGUUUUAUGUCACAUGCCUAGAAAGGGCAUGAUUUAAUGUACUACAAAUAUCUUUGCAUGUGUCACUUCAAAUCUUCAACUAUAUCUGUCUGAAAUUUGA